GUUACGUGUAUACGAAAGCAUGACUUCGUGCGCCUCUUUCAUUUAUCUUUUUUUCCUUUUUUCCUUCAUCACUAGAUUGAGAGCCUCUGCUCAAGAUCAUACUUACAUAUACCACAACUGUCCUAACACAACAACGGCAACGGCAACGGCAACGGCAACGCCAACGUAUUCAUAUAAAAGCACUUACUUCACCAAUCUCAAAACCCUUUUGUCUUCCCUCUCUUCACGCAACGCUUCAUACUCUACCGGAUUCCAAAAUGCCACGGCGGGACAAGCCCCGGACAGGGUCACGGGACUUUUCCUUUGCCGCGGAGACGUCUCCCCGGAAGUUUGCAGAAGCUGCGUUGCCUUUUCAGUCAAAGAAUCCUUAACUAUGUGUCCCAAUGUGAAAGAGGUCGUGCUCUAUUACGAUGAGUGUGUGCUUAGAUAUUCUCACCUGAAUAUUCUUUCGACUCUUAGGACCGAUGGAGACUAUACCCAAACUAACGGAAAAGUUAUUGCCACAAACGAACAAGACCGAUUCAGAGAAACGAUUUUGUCCACGAUGAACGAAGCCGCCAACGAAGCCGUGGCCAGCCCAAGAAAAUUUGAUGCGAGGAAAGGCCAUUUUACUGCGUUCCAGAUUUUGUACGUACUAGUUCAGUGCACUCCUGAUCUGACGAGACAAGAGUGUUUUAAUUGUCUGCAAUUUAGCAUCAAUCAGUUACCCUUUACAUAUAUCGGAGGAAGACUUAUUGUGCCGAGCUGUAAUUCAAGAUACGAGCUUUACUCUUUUUACAACGAAUCCGCGAUUACAACACCACCAUUGCCACCACUAUCGCAACCACCAACACAACCAUCGGUUUCUAUUCCUCCGGUGUCAGCUCAUCCUCCUCCUCCUCCUUCUCCUUCUCCUUCACAGCCUGGGAAACGUGGGAAUUCAACUUUGUUAAUAGUAGCCAUUAUUGUAUCUGUCGUAGUGGCUGUUCUGCUUUUCAUUGCUGGUUGUUGUUUCUUUACAAAGAGGGCAAAGAAGAAGGCUUAUGACACUGCACCCACGUUUGAUGGGGAUGAUAUGACAACUAUAGAUUCGCUGCAACUUGAUUAUAGAACAAUUCGAGCUGCAACAAAUGAUUAUUCACACAGUAAUAAGAUUGGUCAAGGUGGUUUUGGUCAGGUGUAUAAGGGUAUAUUAACUAAUGGGACUGAAGUUGCGGUGAAGAGGUUGUCAAAAACUUCGAGGCAAGGUGAAACAGAGUUCAAGAACGAGGUUGUUGUUGUUGCGAAACUUCAACACAGAAAUUUGGUUAGGCUGUUGGGAUUUUCUCUAGAGCGAGAAGAAAGGAUAUUGGUCUACGAGUAUGUGCCCAACAAAAGCCUUGAUUACUUCCUCUUUGACCCUACAAAACAAGGUCAGCUGGACUGGGCUCGACGACACAAGAUCAUUGGAGGAAUUGCUCGGGGGAUUCUAUAUCUUCAUCAAGAUUCACGGCUCACUAUCAUACACCGUGAUCUCAAAGCGAGUAACAUUCUCCUGGAUGCGGAUAUGAAUCCGAAAAUUGCUGAUUUUGGAAUGGCAAGGAUCUUUGGAAUGGACCAAACCCAAGAGAACACAAGCAGGAUAGUUGGUACCUACGGUUACAUGUCUCCUGAGUAUGCGAUGCAUGGCAAGUUCUCAAUGAAAUCUGAUGUCUAUAGCUUCGGAGUGUUAGUUCUUGAACUUAUAAGCGGUAGGAAGAAUAGAAGCUUCGACGAGACUGACAUCGCACAUAACUUGGUCACAUAUGCGUGGAGGCUUUGGAAUAACGGAACAGCACUAGAUCUCGUGGAUCCAGUUAUUGCAGAUGAUUACCAGAAGAGUGAAGUGGUUCGAUGCAUUCACAUCGGUCUUUUAUGUGUUCAAGAAGAUCCUGUAGAGCGUCCGACCUCGUCAACCAUCUACGCGAUGCUUACUAGUAAUACUGUGAUAUUACCAGUGCCUCAGCAACCAGGGUUUUUCGUUCAGACUGGACCCAAAAAAGAGACGGUUGAUUCAAAUCAAUCUACGACUAGCAAGUCUGUUCUAGCGUCUGUUGGUGAUGCUUCGAUAACUGAUUUACAUCCCCGUUGAAUGUUGUGUUAACCUUCACGCUUGAACCAAUUUGCUAUGUUCUGCUUUUUUUUUUUUUUUUUUCAUGUAUAUUAUGGUGUUUUCUUUGUUCACGUAAAAAUUUUCUUUUCACAUAUAUUAGGGUGUGAUGUAUUUAGUGUUUUAUUUCUAUAUUUUUUAAAAAUAUAUAUUGUAGAAAAGUGCUCAA